AUGAAGAACUGUGGGGUGUUGAUCGACCCGCGCGACUACCGUUCAUUUUGUUUCCGAGGCGAGGGGCGCGCCAAUUUUGUCAUCUCGGCGAAGAACGAGGCCACCGGACAGAGAAUCGUCUGGCGCUUCGCCAAACAGCGAAAGUCCGGGCUUCUCACCGUCAAGGCGCGAAGCGAGCUGGUGAACAAUUAUAUGAAUCGACUGAUCGCCCCGCUCUUCUCGCCCCACUACCUCGUCUCGCCCCGAAUGGUCAAUUUUAGGGUGGAGGGCGUGCAUCAAAUUGCAAAGAUCCCGUCUCUUCCUCCAAAUCGAAAAAUCGAGCGUUACGAAGAUCUCUUCGAACUACCAGAGAGCUCGUCGUUUUUCCCGUUGAACGCGAUCCCGAAGGGGUGCAGCAGAAUCUCGGCUCUCGAAAUGGUGGACGCGACCCGGAUCCCAAAAGAAGUCGAUUGUUUCUACGGGCCUACGAUUACGGUGGAGAUCAAGCCGAAGCAGGGCUUCUUCCAGCGGCACGCCGGCUUUGAGCUGUCCCACUGCAACAAUUGCGUACUGCAGAUCGAAAAGUGCUCAUCUGAUUCCUUCGAGACGAUGUACGACUUUUGCCCUCUCGACUUGUACUCUGGCGAGCUGGGCCGGAUGCGCGCGUCGUUGGAAGCGCUUUUCAAAGUGCCCCAUAGAAAUCUCCGCGUCUUCGUCAACGGCGACAUGGUGCACUCGGACGAGCGGGCGCUCGAGUUCGAGAAGCUCGACGCCGUCCUGUUCCCCGACGGCUCGCAGAACAUCUACGGGCUGAUUGAUGCGCUCUGCUGCGCCUUGGCGGGUCAACGAAGCGCCGACGCCGCGAACUUUUGCAUUACGGCCGACUCGGUGCUGGGGCAAAUCCAAGCUGGCCAAGUGAUCGACAAAAUCGGAAUCGCCGAGGCCCACGCCCUAUUCACCAGGCUGCCCGCGCACGAUCAAAAUCAACUGAAGGAACGCGGCGCCCUGGCCAAGCGCACCUUGGGAUUGUUAAAUGAAACCGAUGACCGGGCGCUUCUGGAGCAAUACUUCCUGGCGGCCACGAUGAAGGACUGCUCGGUGAUGAUCUCGCUGCGCAUGGUGCCGGCCGCUGUUGCGGGGACGGUCGCGCUGGAGGAUACGGUGAUUGUCGCUGUCCAAGACGUCUUCUUCGCCGUCUCCCUCAAAAUCGUCGACCUCGACCCGAAGAGCGCCAAGAAUUUGGUGAACGCUUACGAAAGAUUCACUUCCGGCGCCGACCUCCUCGCCAAGCAACCGACACUCCGGCGCCCCUGCGUGCACAUCACUAAUAGUGCA